AUGAUAAUUCCAGUUAUAUUUCAUAAUCUUCAAGGUUAUGAUGCGCAUUUAUUUAUCAAGCAGUUGGCAGCUAUUAAGGGAGAUUUUACUUGUAUUCCAUCAACUGAAGAAAAAUAUAUAUCCUUUUCAAAAAAGAUAAAAGUUGAUGAGUACCAAAAUAUAGAUGGAAAAACUAUAUCUCUAAAUUUUGAGUUAAGAUUUAUAGACUCAUUUAAGUUUCUUCAAACUAGUCUUGCUAAUCUUGUUAAAAAUUUACAAACAGAUGAUUUUAUCAAUACAAAAGAAAUAUUUAAAGAUAAAACAGAGUCAUUAACUCGUAAAGGAGUGUAUACAUAUGAUUAUGUUUCUUCAAUCUCUAAAUUUUUGGAAAAACAAUUACCGCCAAAAAAAGAAUUUUACUCAAAACUAAGUAAUGAAGACAUAACUGAUGAUGAGUAUCAACACGCAAUUAAUGUUUGGAAUACAUUUAACUGUCAAAAUAUACGUGAUUAUCAUAACCUCUAUCUUAAGUCUGAUGUCCUAUUAUUGGCAGAUGUAUUUGAGAAUUUUAGAAAAACUUGUCUUCUCCAUUACAAACUUGAUCCAGCUCAUUACUAUACAUCUCCUGGUCUUGCUUGGGAUGCAUGUCCCAAAGAAACAGGUCAAGAAUUACAGUUACUAAAUGAUUAUGAUGUGUUAAUGAUGUUUGAAAAAGGUAUUCGUGGGGGAAUAUCACACAUAUCAAAAAGAUACGCAGAAGCGAACAACAAAUACAUGAAAGAUUACAAUCCCGAUAAACCUUCAACAUAUAUUCAAUAUCUUGAUGCUAAUAAUCUUUAUGGCUGGGCAAUGACACAGUCUCUUCCAACUCAUGGGUUUAAAUGGAUGAAAAACCUAACAAUAGAUACCCUAAUGAGCAUUCUUGAUAAAGCUCAUUGUAGUAUGACAGACCCAAAGGAGCAGGGGGUUCGGGGAGGCACUCCCUCCGUGGAUAUAUAUUUGAACUACAUUUGGAAUAUCCACCUGAUUUAUGGUCCCCCCAUAAUGAUUAUCCUUUAGCACCUGAGAAAAUGAUUGUUAAUGGUGUUGAAAAACUAAUUUGUCAUUUUAAACCAAGGAAAAACUACAUAAUACAUUAUCGAAAUCUAAGACAAUAUCUUGAAAUGGGAAUGAAAUUAACUGCUGUUCACAAAGGAAUAUCAUUUAAUCAAAGUCCUUGGAUGGAACCUUACAUAAGAAAAAAUACAGAAUUAAGAAAAAAAGCAACCAACAGUUUUGAAAAAGACUUUUUUAAACUUAUGAACAACAGCGUUUUUGGAAAAACAAUAGAAAACAUAAGAAAAAGACAAAACAUAAUACUCGUUAAUGACCGUGACAAAGCUUUAAAAUUAUCAAGUCGACCAAACUUUGAUCGAUCAACAAUAUUUGAUUCUAAUCUUGUUGCAGUACAUAUGAAAAAAACUGAAGUAUAUUUUAACAAACCAAUAUAUGUUGGUCAAGCAAUACUUGAUUUGUCAAAAAUACUUAUGUUUGAUUUUCAUUAUAAUUAUAUA